AUGAUCGUACUUUCUCACUUCUUGUUCCUGUGCACUUUUACCACGUGUACAAAUGCACCUGUUCUGAGCGUUCAACCAACUGAACGGGUGAAAACUGAUGAUGAACUUGCAGAUGAGGAGGUGGCGUUGAUCAUGUCAGAAGCGAUGAGACAGACAUCUGCUGGUAACUCUAGCCAAUACUCUGUGCACGGCACGACAAAACCAUCCACAUCAAAAGAUACGUUUGAAUGGCCAGCAUAUUACCCACCAGAAAGUGAAUUUGACAUGAAUAAACCACCUCCUACACCAGGAAGAUCAUUGUACAUGGCAAAACCUUCCACAUCAAAAGAUACGUACGACACGGCAAAACCAUCCACAUCAAAAGAUACGUUUGAAUGGCCAGCAUAUUACCCACCAGAAAGUGAAUUUGACAUGAAUAAACCACCUCCUACGCCAGGAAGAUCAUUGUACAUGGCAAAACCAUCCACAUCAAAGGAUACGUUUGAAUGGCCAGCAUAUUACCCACCAGAAAGUGAAUUUAACAUGAAUAAAUCACCUCCUACACCAGGAGGUACAUUUUACGAGGAGACAGCAACUAAGCCACGAGAUGUUUAUGGACCGAUCGGUCCACAUAAACCGGGUGCAUGUGACAUAACAAAACCAUCCACACCGCAUCAAUGUGGUCAUGUCACAUUCGCUGCCACAUCCAAGCCAUACAUAACCCGCGUACCCGUCAACUCCCAACAACACAACACCACCCAUAUUAAAUCAGAACAUGCACCUCAAUUCAAUCAGCAAGGCGUCAAUCGUACCCACACGUGCCGUAAAUCAUUUGAUCUACCAUCCCAGCAAUACCAGUGUACCAACGCGGACUCACCAAACACGAACAAGCCAGUGUAUAAAAGAAAGAGAACUUGAUCUGUGAACGGGUGUAUAGCUGAAGAUAUGAUUUAUUGAUAUUUUUUAUUUUUAUAAAUCGUACUUUGAACGUUAUACAUUUCCUUCACCGUGAUGCACGUUUAUGUUUUAUGUUGUGAUACGUUCUUGAAAGAAAUGAACGGUAGUACCGCAAUAAAAAUAUUUUUAUUGCACCCGAUGUAGUACCGUGUACGAUACGAGGUGUACCCGUUGUUUUGCUCUGCUACAUUUUUAUUUUUACACAAUAGCACGGUUCAUUGUUAUUGUUGUAAUUACCAUCAACAGUUCUAGUGGUGUGUUCGAUAUUCAUUAUUGUUUGUAGAAAGCUUAGGGUUUGUUAAUUAGCACGUAUUUAUGGUGGCUGUCAUCCGCAACGGCUGUAUUAUCGUACACUUUACUCUUCACCGUUCAUUUCUUAUUCCUUGCGCUCUUCACCGUUCAUUUCUUAUUC